UGGAUUGGGUUCCGGGAAACUUUGCAGGACUGUAUGCAGAAGGGAGCUCACGGACACCCAAGAACAGGCUGGAUGCAAGGAAGCGCCUUUCUAUGCGAGGAUACGGACACCAUCGAUGCCGGAGUCGCUCGGCGCUCGCCCCCAUCUUCUCCCUUCUCUCUCGCGGCCCUCCCGCCGGCUGGAAAAGCCCAUCCCGUGCUCCACCCGCAGGCCACCAUGUCGCCCGUUCCUUGAUCUUCGCACAUGCUUCCCACCCAUUUCUCACCUCCCGGCCCGCCCCACCCACCCCGCGCAUGUGCUCGCCGCCCCGCGGGGUGCUACGAUCAGUCCCGUGGGCCGCCUGGGGGCGCCCCGCUAUAAAGUCCUGGGGAACCUCCGCAUACCCCGUCUUCGCCUCUCGCUCGAGCCCGACGCGCAACGAUGGCAGUCGACAUACCCACCAAUCCGAAGGCCAUCCUCCUUGGCAUCUUCGUCGCUUUUGGCGGUUUCCUGUUCGGCUAUGACAUCGGUGUCAUCUCAGGAUGCCUGAUCAUGCCCGACUUCAUCCAGCGCUUCGGCGAGCUCAACGCGGACGGCGAAUACGAGCUCUCCAGCGAGCGACAAAGUAUCAUCACCUCCCUGCUAUCUGCUGGGACUUUCUUCGGUGCGCUAGGCCAGGCCUUCACGGCGGACCGCUUCGGGCGGAAGCACUCCAUCGUCUUCUGGUCCACCAUCUUCACUAUCGGGACUGCCAUCCAGACCGGGACGGAGACGUCCAUCGCGCAGAUCAGCGCCGGCCGCUUCAUUGCUGGCCUCGGCGUUGGCGCCAUGUCUGCCAUCGUUCCAUUGUAUAAUGGCGAAACGGCACCCAAAGCUAUGCGCGGUGUCCUCCUGGUCAUGUACCAGUUGCAGGUUAUUAUGGGAAUCUUUAUCAGCUACGUUAUCGACCUGGGCACGCACGACAUCGGCAACAGCGCCAGUUGGAGGAUACCAGUCGGCUUGCAGAUGCUAUGGGGUCUUAUCCUCAUCUCUGGCAUGUUCUUCCUUCCCGAGAGCCCCCGCCACCUCAUCGGUACAGGCCGCUCAGACGAAGCCCGCCGCGUCAUCGCCAUGAUGAACGACGCGUCGGAGGACGACCCCAUGGUGCUCGACUACCUCGAGGAGCUCGAGUUCGGCAUCCGCGCGGAGAACGAGGGCGGCAAGGCGACCUGGCUCGAGUGCUUCUCGACGCGCAACGCCCUCUGGAAGCGCACCAUCAACGGCAUGAUGCUCCAGUUCAUCCAGCAGCUCAACGGCCAGAACUUCUACUACUACUACGGCGACACCUUCUUCGAAUCCGCCGGCACCACGCUCUCCCCCUACGCCAUCCAGUGCAUCCUCGGCGGCGUCUCCGUCGCCGGCACCAUCCCCGCGCUCAUCCUCAUCGAGCGCUGGGGCCGGCGCCGCUCCCUCCUCGUCGGCUCCGUCUGGGAGGCCGCCGCCGCGCUCAUCGCCGCGCUCGUCGGGCACUACGUCGCCGCGGGCGCGGACGUGCUCCCGGAGGACCUCACCAAGUCGGAGAAGAUGGGCGGCGAGGUGAUGAUUGCGAUGGCCGUGCUGCAUGUGCUCGGCUUUUCGGUGUUCUGGGGCCCGGUGCCGUGGGUGUAUUUGGGCGAGUCGUUCCCGCUGCGGGUGAGGCCGAAGGCGAUCGCGUUGGGGAGUGCGACGAACUGGCUGUGGAACUUCCUCCUCAGCUUCUUCGCGCCGCGCAUCGCGGACGACAUCGGCCCGCUCAUUCUCCUGAUCUUCUUUGGCAUGCUCGUCUUUGGCUUCUUCUACGUCUGGCUCUGCAUCCCCGAGGUCAAGGGCCUCACGCUCGAGGAGGUCGACCAGCUGUACCGCGAGAACGUGAAGCCGUGGCGGUCGGCGACGUGGCGCCCGACGCUGCUCGACCAGGUGCACCACGAGGACAUGUCGGAGAAGCCGGGCGAGGUGAGGAAGGAGAACGCGUCGUGAGGGGUGAGGAAGGAGAGCGCGGCGUGAGGAGUGGAUGGGGUACAGGUGGCGUGAGCGGGGAUGGGGUGAGGAUGCGACAUGACGGUCUAUCAUGACUUGUUGAAAUGACCCGCCCCCCUUGGGGCGAGCGACCUGAUAUGAUGUGUUGUUUUGUACGGCCGAUAGGCCUGUUGUACUAUAGUAUCUGGCAUUUGCUAUGCUCAAUGCUUUGACGAACUCGAUCGAGACCAA